GGUAGCUUGCUUUCCUGCUUUGUCUGUCCUCGCCUCGGCAAACGCAUCGCCUACUUGUCCUUCUCCUCGAACGGAUCGAGCUAGUAUGAAGCAGGAGAUGAGCACGAGGGGGUACUCUAGCUCGCGCCUACGGGCUCCGACCCCGGCGGCGGCGCUGGUGCUUGUGCUCCUGCUGCUCAUGGGCUCGUCGUCGUGGGCGGCGCGCGUUGCCGACGGCGUCAUCAGGACGACGACGCCACGCGCGUCACCUCCGACCGACGGACCGGACCGGACAGCAGCAGCGUCGCCUGCGGAGCGCGAGGAGCUGUGGGCGGAGGAGGAGCGGCGCGCGGGGGCGACGGGGUCCCGGCUGCCGGACUGCGCGCACGCGUGCGGGCCGUGCUCCCCGUGCCGGCGCGUCAUGGUGAGCUUCCGGUGCGCGCAGGAGGCCUCCGAGUCGUGCCCCGUCGCCUACCGCUGCAUGUGCCGCGGCAGGUUCUUCCGCGUCCCCUCCCUCUAGUCUUUAGCCUCUAGACUCGAGUGUGCUCCAGGAAGGAUUUCCUGUGUGUUUUCCUCUGCCUUGUUUGUUACCUAUGGCGAACCUUUUUUUUUUUUGCCUUUCGGUCGCCAUGUGCAUGCCUUGGUGUGUAAACCUAGCUUCCGUGUGAUGUCAAAACACCAACCAGUGCUGCGUGUAUAUGAAAUUAUGAACUAGCUGUUGUGUUUCUGUCAA